UGUCGCUCAAGCAAACUUCUAUUAUAUUGAAUUGUUAAAUAACUAGAGAAUUAAGCAAAGUUUGACAUGGCUCACUACAAGGGUGCCGCUAGUGAGGCGGGGCGCGCCGCCCAACUUAUGAAAAAACGAGAAAUCCAACAGCAGGAGAUCGAAUUUCGUAAGAAAAAAAUCGAGGAGGAACUGAAGUUAGACAAGAUUGAAAACAAAUUCGCCACCCAUUAUGAUGCCGUGGAGCAGCAGCUCAAGUCGUCGACCAUUGGUCUGGUCACGCUGGAUGAGAUGAAAGCCAAACAGGAGGACAUUGUACGCGAGCGAGAAAAAAAAUUGGCACAGAAACGAGACGAAAAGGAUCGAGAGAAACAACGUGCUUUGGAGGCUAUUCAGGCGGAAAAGAACAAACAGAAACGGCAAAUUCAAGCACUUUCAUUUAAUAUGGACGACGACGAAGAGGAUGACGAUGGCGAUGGUAGUGACAAAGAAGCGGAUGACUUCAAGUUUGAGAAGCCCAGCAACAGCAAGUGGGCUGAGCUAAAGGAUGAUGCAAUUCCCUCGAAAAAGAAGAAAAUCUGUAAGAAUCCCGAUGUGGAUACAUCUUUUCUACCUGACCGCGAGCGUGAAGAGCAGGAAAACCGCUUGCGUGAGCAAUUGCGUCAAGAAUGGGUCAUGCAGCAGGCGGAACUUAAAGACGAAGACAUUUCAAUUACCUUCAGCUACUGGGACGGCUCUGGACAUCGACGCAACGUGCACAUGAAAAAGGGUAACUCCAUCUAUCAGUUCCUACAAAAAUGCUUGGAGCUCCUGCGCAAAGAGUUCAUUGAGCUAAAAACUGUUAUGGCCGAUCAGCUAAUGUACGUUAAAGAGGACUUGAUACUGCCACAUCAUUACUCUUUUUACGACUUUAUAGUGACGAAGGCGCGCGGAAAAUCCGGGCCGCUCUUUCAGUUCGAUGUACACGACGAUGUGCGCAUGAUCAGCGAUGCCUCCGUAGAGAAAGAGGAAUCCCAUGCGGGCAAAGUACUGUUGCGGUCUUGGUAUGAACGCAAUAAGCACAUCUUCCCAGCAAGUCGCUGGGAGCCAUACGACCCCACAAAAUCCUAUGACAAAUACACGAUUAAGGAUAAGAGUAAAAAGUAAUUAAUUAAUUAAGUACAUUCAUUUUUAUUAAACAAUAACUAAUUCUGAAUGCUGUAAAUGAUUUUACCUAAUAAAUAUAAUAUGUAUUUAAA